ACUUUAUAAACAUACUAAACAUAUAAAUAAUAAAUAACAUGGAAGCAUCCUAAAGUGACAAAUAUCGUUUUUACUAAAAUUAAACGAGCCGCAAUUAUCAAGUAAUAAACUUUUCAGUGUUUCGCUUAUAGUUACAUUAAAAAUUUCUAGUGACAAUGGAUGAUGGAGAUGUUGACGAAUUGUUGCCACACAGUGAUGAAGAUUGGAUGACAGAAAACGAAGAACCCUGUUUGCCAUCGUCUACCACAAAUGAAAAAGAAUGUUUCAUUCCUAAUACCGCACAAUCUGAGACAUUUAAAUCAAAAUUAUACUUUAUUGGUCUCGGUUGUAUCUUAAUUUUUACGUCCACAUUUCUUUUAAUUGCACUACCCCUUUAUUCUAACGCUGUUAAUUCUAAAGGCGACUCAUAUACGCUUCUAUUUUUUACAUCUACCGUAACUGUAUUAAUUUUGUUUGCAUGUAAGAUGAUAGUCAAAUAUUACUUAAAAAAUGAUACUUCGAUUUCCCCAACUGAAAAUUCGAAUUACAGAAAUCCAAAUAAUUGUUUGGAUUAUAUUUUUAAGAUUGGUAUCUCAUUAGGAAUUGCGGCGAUUUUUAUUAUAUAUUCUACAGAUCAAAAACGAGUAAUGUGUCAUUUACAAGAUCCAAUUAAAGGGAUAAUUUUAGUAUUUGCACUAAUUUUUUACUUCUUCUUUUGUAGAAAAUUAAUGGAACUACAACGAAUAUUCUCUUGUACAACGAUAAUUGUGGGGAUAUUUAUAUCUGUCGAUUACGGUUUAUGUGAUGAAUUUCGGUGUCGUGGUUUUGAACGUGAAACACGUGCUGACGAUGCAGGUGAUUGGGCUAAUGAAACACAUGCUUUGUGGUCUGGUAUAUACAUCCUCGGUCUCGCAUUUUAUACUGCACAUUUUACAUUGUUGGAAAGAUGUUUGGUCCCAAUCUUGUCACAACCUGUAGGAUUUUCGAAUACAACAUCAUCACUAUUAUCCACGGUUUCACGUCUUGUAUCAUCAUCAGAUGCGAUAUCUACCACAGAAACAUCACCACGUUUCCAUACUGAAUUGCAUCGAAAAAAAUCAAACUCUACUUUGUCAUUAACAUUUUGGAUCCAUUUUUUCACAUGGUUUAUGAUUGUGGCUUUAUUUUGGACCGAUUUCGUUCCAGGAGUUGGAAAAGCACAUAAUUUUUCUGAAUUUUGGAAUAAUCAAAUUAAUGGCUUACUAUGUCAUUUUGGUAUACCAAAUUUUAAUCAAAAACCCGAUGAAUGUGCUAAUAUUUCAUUAUAUGCAUGGCCAUUUGCAUUGGAGUAUGUCAUCUUCAGUGUAACUUCCAUUAAAUUUUUAGCGAUUAGCCAAUCUGCUGUAUUUACUGUCGCUAUGGUGACAGUAUCUUUACCUAUUACUGGUAUUUGGUGGUCUUUAUUUCAAAUAAAUGAUGGUAUGCUCUUAUGGUCUCCUUCCGUAUCCGGUGAGUUAAUUUGCUCAUUACUGGGAUUACCAAUUGUUUUAUUGGGUGUUGGUCUAUUAUAUAAAUCACACUUCAAAGAGAUUCAAAUAAACGAAUGUGAGUUAAAUCAUACAGAGCAUGAAUACUCAUCUGAAUCAACUGGAUUAGCUUAAACGACACAUUAUGUUACUUAAAUGGAAUUUUAUAAAAAGAAAAUAAUUUUU